GCUACCAGCAGAGAAGAGAAGAGUGGCAUGGCUCCAGAAGAAAAGGAAAGAGAGGAGGGCCCAGCCAAGCGUGCCCUCCGGAAGGUACGCACAGCCACCCUGGUGAUCAACUUGGCCCGAGGUUGGCAGCAGUGGGCAAAUGAGAACAGCACCAGGCAGGCCCAAGAGCCCACAGGCUGGCAGCCAGGAGGAACUCAGGAUGCACCCCAAGCUCCUAAGCCAGUGAUCUACCCCACUCUACACCAGAAAGCUCAGAGCAACCCAAAGUCUCUGUCCCAGAAGUCAGAGGGACCUGGAGAUGAACAAAGCUCAGAGGAAGCCACCGAAGUGUCUCAUAUCAAAAGGAAAGAGGUGACCAAAACAAUUGUCAGCAAAGCUUAUGAGAGAGGAGGGGAUGUGAGUCACCUGAGCCACCGAUACGAGGAUGGUGACAUGCCUGGAGCCGGGCAGCCAGAAAAUGACAUUGACAGAAUCCUCCACAGCCAUGGCUCCCCGACACGGAGGAGAAAAUGUGCCAACCUGGUAUCUGAGCUGACCAAAGGCUGGAAGGAGAUAGAACAGGAUGAGCCCAAGUGGAGGAGCGACAGCAUUGACACAGAGGACAGCGGCUACGGAGGGGAGACAGAGGAGAGGCCCGAGCAAGAUGGCGAGCAGAUGGUCGCCACCAGAAUCAAACGCCCCUUGCCUUCCCAGGCAAAUAGAUUCACAGAGAAACUCAGCUGCAAGGCCCAAAGGAAAUACAGCCAAGUGGACAACCUGAAAGGGAGAUGGCAACAAUGGGCUGAUGAACACAUCCAAUCCCAGAAGCUCAAUCCUUUCAGUGAGGAAUUCGAUUAUCAGCUGGCCAUGUCCACCCGCCUACACAAAGGAGAUGAAGGCUACGGCCGUCCCAAGGAGGGAACCAAAACAGCGGAAAGGGCCAAGCGGGCUGAGGAGCACAUCUACAGAGAGAUCAUGGACAUGUGCUUCAUCAUCCGCACCAUGGCCCGCCGCAGACGAGACGGCAAGAUCCAGGUUACUUUUGGAGAUCUCUUUGACAGAUAUGUUCGUAUUUCAGAUAAAGUAGUGGGCAUUCUCAUGCGUGCCAGGAAGCAUGGGCUGGUUGACUUCGAAGGAGAGAUGUUAUGGCAAGGCCGAGAUGACCAUGUUGUGAUUACUCUACUCCAGUGAACCUUCAACAAUGAAAGCCAGACUUGACCCACUCUUGUCUUAAAGCCAAAUGCUAAUGUAGUAAACAUUAAAAUGCAAACUGCUCUGUAAUAAGUUAGUAAAUAUUAAACAAUUUUUACAUAAAUGACUUUCUGGCACUCUAUUUCUGAGGAAGUUUGGAGAUUUUGAGGAAGCACACACAGUAUCACAAGGCACGUAGAUACAAUAAUAGCAUAAAUAUCUGAAAUUCUACUUAACCAUUAGACAAAAAUAUUUGGCUAUUAAUUGCAGAAAUUAUUAUAGAUCUUUAAAUUAACAAUUACUACAUCUAAGAAAAAUGCUGAUUUUAGGUAAACAUUAGCAGAACAUAUUAAGAUGUGUCACUUUGGGGGAAAGAAUUCUGUAAAGUUUAGCAAAACUAAAAAUUUUCUAAGAAGUUUAACUACAUAUGAUUUCUAUCAAAGCAUCACUUACAAAAUAAAACAUAAGUAAAAAGUAUCCAAAUAAGAUGUUGAAAUUGAAAAAAUUUCUCUGUGAGCUUGGAAUUUAAAAGAUUUGCAAUAGGAGUUAGUUGUCCUUUUUGUAUGAUUUGCAAAACCACAUAAAAACAAACAUCGCUGGUAUACUUAAAGCUAAAGGAGAAGGCGGUAUGUUUACCUUCACUGUGAAAGUAAAGCACAGAUGAGAGAUUCAGAAUUACCUGUCUUUGUAGGACUUCUUGGAGAAGUUUAUUUUUUCUCAAAACCUUAAUGAGUCACGCUGCUUUACAUUUAUGUCAAUAUACAAUGAAGUAGGAAUACAGAAAAUUCUACAAUGGAGUGGAAUACUCAGUGCAGAAGAAUCUGAUCGAAUCAUUGGUAAAUUAGAAACAGAUUCGAGCCAUUUUAAUUUUCCUGAUGCUCUAACAAAUUUUAUGAAAUAUCUGAAGUCAUAAAAUGGCAGUAUUAGUUUUGCCAAAGUGAAAAAAGCUGUUUAAUAUGAUGACAGAGAAGUUUAGUGGGCAUUAAUCUGUUACUUUUUUUUCUCAGAUUUAAUGUGUCUUAUAAAAUUCUAAAAACAAGCUGAAUAAGAUGUGAGGUUACAAUUCUUACAGAAUUCACUGAAAGUUAGUAAAUAUUAUAGUACUUUCUUGUUAAAUACAGAAAUUAAUGACAAAGUAUAAUACCUCAAGAUAAUAGACACUCAUAAUUGUUAGAUGUUAGGUUUAAUAUAAGGUAUGGAUUAAACUACUAUAGGAAUUAUCUUUGUUUUCAUGUAUGAUUCUCUUUCAAACUGAAAGUUUCAAUAUCUUCUUAAAGAAGAAUGUACAUUUUUGUUUCCAUAAUAGAUUUGUUAAAUUACAAAUUAAUGACCAAUAUUGCUAAAUAGAAUUUCAUAUAAGAUGUACACUUCUAUCACAGUGAAACCUAUGUCAACAUUUAAAGUCAUGCACAAGAAUAAAAGAUAUUUUCUGUACUUUCGGUUCUUGUUUAUAUAUUACUAUUUUCAUGUUAUAGUCCACAAUACCAUUUCCUUGUGUUUGAAAUACAACAAAAUUUUAGAGUGCAAAUUGGGUUACUUCUAGUAUUGGAAUAUUUAGACCAAGGCUUCAAAAGAAUUUCCUCAUAUUCAAUCCUAAACAAUAACCGUUUAUGCAGCCACUGAUGCAGAUAGUCCAGACUUCAGUUUGUUGGAAUUUGAGGAUGGAGUUAGAAAGUCUUCUCAGACAGCCUACAUUAACACUCCUCUGAAUAAGAUAUGGCUGUGAAGUCAGAAAGCUAGUGUCCUUAGAGGAAAAUGCCUGCUAUGUGACAGAAUUCUAUCCUAAAAACUCCAUAAGAAAAUCUAUAGUUGAAAAACAGAGCUUUUAGACAAAAAAAGAUAAGUAGAACUCAGGUGGCAAAAGUCCUCAUAGAUAUUUUUUUAGUUGUCAAAAUAAUGUAUGAAAAUUACACAUGAAAUAAAUAUACACCAUCAAUAGCAUUUUACCAAUGGUAAUUUUAAAUCCCCAAUAAUAAGCAGUAUAUAACUGGUUUCCAAAUCUUCAGAAUUUUUUUUCCAAACUUUCAAUAAGAAGUUUAGAGUUUUUGGGCACUUGAAAUGUACUUUUAAAAAACCCCUUCUGUCUGGACCACCACAUGGUUGAUGCCUUUCAACUUUUUUAACUUGAAGUUUUAGGACUUCCUGAUUCCCAAGUUCACCUUCUUACCAUUCCGCCGACUCCCAACAAGCACGAAGUUGUGUGUUUGAGUUUUCGCUUCCCACAUGAAGUGGGCUGCACCUAUAUUCUCCGUUUGCCUUCCACUUUGAACUUCCCAAACUCAAAUUUCUUCCUAAUAGUACCAACAGGUAUAUUGGGUGCUGAUUCUCAUAUGAUGUGGGGAUAAUUCUGUGUAA